CGUAGCAACGGAAAUCGUGAACACAUUGAGGGUAACACUAGACCAAAACUACUUCAAGUUUAAUAACAAAAUAUAUAGACAAACUAACGGGCUAGGGAUGGGUAAUCCCACAUCUGCAAUUUUAAUGGAAGUAUUCAUGCAACAUUUAGAGGAAAAGUAUAUGACUGAGCUGAAAACAAGCCUCGGAGUAAAGUUCUACGCAAGAUACGUCGAUGACAUCAUAUGUCUUGUAACGGGAGACAAGGAAGAACAAAUUCUAGGCUAUCUCAACGACCAACACACGAAUAUAAAUUUCACUAUGGAUAAGGAAAACGAAGGCAAAAUAAAAUAUUUGGACAUAACAAUUAAAAUAAAUAAGGUUACCAACAAAUGCGAAUUCGGGAUAUAUAGAAAGCCCACGGCCACAGACACGAUAAUACACAAUACUUCAAACCACCCUCAACAGCACAAAAAUGCAGCCUUUAGACAUCUAAUAACCAGGCUUGAACGAACCCCAUUGGAAAAAGAAGCUUACAGCAAAGAACUUAAUACGAUAUACGCAAUCGCGGAAAAUAACGGAUACAGAAAGGGCCUAGUAAACAAGAUAAGAAGAGAAACAAAAACGAAGAAAUCAAAUAAGAAGGAAAAUAAUGAAAAGGCUUGGGCAGUCUUGACUUAUACGGGCAAAACUUCAUAUAAAUUGGCUAAGGUAUUCCAAAAGUAUAACAUUAAUACAGCAUUUAGAACGAAGGACAAUGUGGGGAGGAUACUACGAAAUAGUGCAAACGAGGAAGACCCACUAGACAAGCAAGGUGUAUAUAAGUUGACUUGCGAAUGUCAACAUAGUUACAUAGGACAAACAGGGCGCAAGAUAAAAACAAGAUAUCGUGAACAUAUAAGGGACUACAACAAAAAAAUGCUAAAACCUUCUACCACCCCGGAAUCGAACUUCGCAAACCAUAUGGCAGAAAACCAUUGUACGCCAAUGAAAAUUGGAAAGACAGCCAAAGUUCUCCAUGCACAGCACAAAGGAAACGCCUAAACGUAUUAGAGAAUAUGGAGAUAUACAAAAAACAAACGACGUUCGUCGGAAAAAUAAUAAAUGAGCAAA